UCACCAUUCAUCUCAUGAAAUGGCGCUAAGAUUGAGCAACACUUUACAUUCCAUUUCAGUUAUAGCUUCAAAUCAUUGUUCAAAAAAACCCACUUUCAGAUUCACAACCACAACUCUUUCUGCUACAAAAUCAAUCACAAUGGCUUUCACUCAAACCCCAAAUUCAACUUCAACCUCCAAAACCAAAAUCAUCGAUUCUCAUCUCCACGUCUGGGCUUCCCUUCAAGAGGCUGGUGAAUUUCCUUACUCUCCUGGACAAGAGCCCGAUUUACCAGGAAAUGUUGAUUUUUUGCUACAGUGUAUGGAGGAAGCAGGAGUAGAUGGUGCACUCAUUGUACAGCCGAUAAAUCAUAAAUUUGAUCAUAGUUAUGUCACGAGUGUUUUGAAGAAACAUCCGAACAAAUUUGUUGGCUGUUGUCUUGCCAAUCCAGCUGAUGAUGGAAGCGGCCUUAAGGAGUUUGAAAAUCUUGUCCUCAAGGAUGGCUACCGCGCUGUUCGAUUCAACCCUUAUUUAUGGCCAUCUGGUGAAAAGAUGACAAAUGAAAUAGGGAAGGCAAUUUUCAAAAGGGCUGGUGAACUCAAUGUACCAGUGGGCUUCAUGUGUAUGAAGGGGCUUGAUCUGCAUAUUUCUGAAAUCGAGGAACUGUGCACAGAAUUUCCAUCAACAGUUGUAUUGCUUGAUCAUGUGGCCUUCUGCAAACCACCAUUAAAUGAUGAAGAAGGUCUUGUGUUUUCCAAGCUUUUAAAUUUAUCUAGAUUCCCCCAAGUAUAUGUGAAAUUUAGUGCACUUUUCAGAGUAUCAAGGACACAAUUUCCUUAUCUGGAUUUAUCUCCUGUCUUGUCCCAAAUAGUCUCUAGCUUUGGUGCUAACCAUGUAAUAUGGGGCAGUGAUUUUCCAUUUGUUGUUCCUGAGUGUGGCUACAAAGGAGCCAAAGAAGCAGUGCAACUUAUUGGGAAUGAAAUAUCUCUGCCUUCAUCUGAUUUAGAAUGGAUCAUGGGUAAGACUGCUGCACAACUUUUCCAAAACCAAUUGACUGCUGCAUCUGGUUGAUCGUUGCAUGCUUCCGUCAACCGCGGGAACGGUGUUACAUUCUGGCAACUUAAUAGAAGCUCCAAAACAAACUUUUGCAGCGUUGUAGUUUUCCACUGUGGAUUUGGUGUAAUCAUGUAAUAUACAUUUUAUUAAGUACUAGUUCUUUGGAUUUGGAAUCAGAUUUGUUAUCAAGAGUAAUUAAAGAAAAGGCAAAAAGUUUAUAAAACUCAAGGAAAUUGAUAGACAACUUCAUUAAACUUAGUAGAGUUA